AGGCAACAUUCACACAGAUUUUAGAGAUUCAAAUAAAAAAGUAUUUAACUGACUACCCGCUUACUUCCGGUUUACUCAGUCUGCCGUCGCCAUGUCGGCGCGCUGUUCAUUCCUGUGUUGUACUCGGUAACGUUCGCACGUACACCUCAAGCCCGCUCAUCAUGCCCAAAAGAAGUGCGCGGGAACGUAUUGAACAUUACGCAAGGAAAAUAAGAAAAUUAGAGGAACGUGAAUAUCGUCGAAACAUAUCAAUUCCUCCUUUGAAUUUAUCAUCGGAAUCGAAUGAUGAAGAUUUUGAACCUCCCGUACGAACCAUCGACGACGAGAAUGAUAUUAUUCCGGAACCGGAACAAAUAACUAUGGCACCGGAAAUAUUAGUACCAGCCACUGUGCAGGAACCUAUCGACAACGUCGACUCGAAUAAUGACCAACCGGGUCCCAGCACGCAAGCCGAGCCCUCGGUCGAGAACGAGCUGGACCCUGAACUUUUAUCGGCUCUUGGUGAAUUCACGUCAGAUACACCCGAGUAUGGAGAAAAUAUCCAUGAUAAUUUAUCAAAAUUAUGGCUUCCUUUACUGAAAAAAGGAAUGCCAAAAGAUAGCAAAGACAAAGUAUUAAAGGACUAUUUAGUUCCGGAUAAUUGUAGACUUCUACAGGCGCCAAAAUUGAACGCGGAGAUUUCCGCUGCCGUCCCAGAUAUGGUUCGCAACCGCGAUAAAACACUUGCCACUUCUCAACAACAACUUGGUCUUGGGAUCACGGCCAUCAACAGAGGCCUGGAUAUCCUCUUAAAAAGUGACAAUAAGAUCCUAGCGAUGAAACAUCUUAGUAACGGCUGCCGACUUUUGUGCGAUUCUCACAACUUAAUGUCAAAGAACCGGGUAAAGCUUAUCACGCCCAGUUUAGACAAAUCUAUCCUGCAUAUGAUUAAUGAAUCUGAAAGAGAUGAAACAUUAUUUGGAUCCUCAUUAUCGGACAAAAUAAAAGCUGCAAAGGCAAUAGAAAAACAGGGCCUUCAAAUCAAAAAGUCGGCAUCGAAACCUCAAAAGUCUGCGGCUUCGUCGUCAAGCAGUCGACCUGGGCCCUAUCAGGGAAACUGGACCGCGCCUCCUCGAUACCCGCCAGCGAGCAGGGGCGGACGGGGAGGCUACAGGAAGCAGACGACGUCAGCACCUCGGCGCCCAUAUGUAGCGUCGACGACGCAGCCGCAACGUGCAACUCCCCAGGAGAAAGCGCGUGUCCCGGCUCAGAGUCACCACUAGCGCAGAGAUUAUCAUCCGUUACACAAGAAACUUACCCUGGGUGUCGCGAGGCUCUGCGGCAGUCGUUCAUCCGCCGAGGCGCCUGUACAGAGUCGGCAACACUGAUGUUGGCAUCGUUUUCCGACAGUACCAUAAAACAGUACGGCACCUCAUUAAAACUUUGGUGGCACUUUUGCAUAGUUAACAACAAAGAUAUAUUCAAACCAUCAAAAAAGACAAUCCUCUCUUUUUUAACAACACAAUUUAAUAAUGGUUGUGGUUACGGUAGUUUAAACUCGCACCGCUCUGCCUUAUCAGCUUUAUUAGGAAAUAAUAUCGGUUCAGAUGCCUGUGUGAAGCGUCUUCUCAAGGGAGCAUACAAACUAAAACCUACUAGGCCCAAGUAUACCAAUACAUGGAAUCCUCAGUUGGUCUUAAAUUACAUCUCAGCAUGGUCCCCUAACAAUGCAUUAUCAUUAGAGAAGAUCACUAAAAAACUCGCUAUUCUACUUGCUAUCUGUACCGCUCAUAGAAUGCAGACACUUUCGCUUAUUAAGCUAAACAAUAUUUUAUUUUCGGAAAGUGGAAUUAAAAUUAACAUAACAGAUAUUAUAAAAACAUCUGCACCCGGAAGGGACCAACCAGUAUUAUUUUUGCCGUAUUUUAAUGAAAAUACUAAUAUCUGUCCAGCUACCGCACUCUCAGACUAUAUUUCUAUGACUAGAAACAUAAGAUCUGAGGAUGCUAAUAAUCUUUUGUUAACCUACAAAAGACCACACAAACCAGCUACUACACAGACCAUCAGCAGAUGGGUAAAACAGGUCUUGUCGGAAAGCGGCGUCGAUACCAGCGUGUUCGGCGCACACAGCACGCGCCAUGCGUCCACCUCAGCCGCACGAUUAACUGGCGUCAGUAUAGAAACUAUACGUAAAACCGCAGGUUGGACUAGUUCAUCCAAUUCCUUUGCUCAUUUUUACAACCGAACCAUUGUUAAUGAGGGAGAGUUCGCCCGAUCAGUUUGUUUAUCGUCAGAACAUCAAUAAAAGACUGAUUAGUACCCUAUUCUAAGUAAUAAAUAAUCAUAAGUUUAUUAUAAUUAUAACUAAGGUUAUUUAAUUAUGAUUUGAGAAAUUGUUUUUCAUUAAUCAUAGAAUA